AUGACAGUGAAAGAAUUCUCGUGUCGAGAAGUCACGAAGAGACCCACAACGACGCGCGACCUGAUCGAGCGCUUCAAGGCUGUCGGCCCAGAGACCGAGCAAGGCAAAGCGCUUCAUGGUUUGGCGACUCGCAUGCUCGACAUCUUCAAAGAUGAAAAAAAGCCGUCGUACUCGAAUGAAGCAGCCCAGCUGGCAACUAUCUUGUCCGACACGGAGCCCGCGGGUCUUCUGGAAGCGUUCAUUAAUGCCGUCAGCCGCGGCGCCAGCGACAAUGAGCUUGUUGACACCCGCUUGCUCAUCGAUCUGUGCUACGUUCUUCGAAACUCCAAGGAGAUGCAGAUGGCGCCCUCGAGAAACAAUACCAACUGCCUGGCAACGUUGCUUGACGCCAUGGUCGACAUCAAGAUAUCAGAUGUCAGCCGAGAAACCACGCACGAGCCGCUUCUGAGCAAACUGAAGUCGCUUCGCAAUCACUCGGAGCCUCGUCUGGCUCAGGCCGCUUGUUACGCACAUGAAGCGUUGCGCGGGGUCCCGGACGAUGAAGGGCAAUGGCAGGCCCUCUGUCGCUAUAGCUGGAUGGUCCUGGAGCCUACUGCGAAGAUCGCAGGUGCAAUAUCCACCAUGGAUCCCACCAAGGCAAUCGAUGCGACAUCGGACAUAUUCAAACUGUUGGAGACACUCAAAGGUAUCAUCGGAGCCGGCAGGGACGUGUACACUGCAUCGGAAUCGCUUCAAGACUUGUUUCUGCAGACUCUAGGCUAUUUGCCCAAGGAAAAGCUGUGGUACGGUGCACUCAGGUACACUGGGUUACUGAUUGAGGAUCGUGCAUUGAACACAUUGAAAGACCUUCUACCACGACUCGAUUGUCUAAGUAAUGAAUCUUUCUGGUGUGGUCUCUACGCUCAACUUGAGCAAAGCUGGAAGAAGCAUGAAGAAAUGAGAGACGGAAUUGAGACGUUCAUUGAGUGGACACUAUACGACUUUCCGGUUCGAAAAAGCUGCCCGAGACAAGCGGGAAAGGAAUCCCCAAGGUUCCAGUCUUGGAUUGCACUUGUCGCCAACACCCUUGGUAAGCUGCAUUGGAAGAAGGACCAGCCACCCCCAUCUUGGAGACGUCGCAUUUUUAAGAAGACCGAAUAUAUGCCCACGCUGGAGAUCUUUUGUAAGUUGGAACAGUCGGAUGAUCUCAGCCACGGCGGUCUUCUUGACAAAGCCUGGUCCAAAUGCGAGAAGGCGCAAGCAUUCUUUGCGCAGGUGGCCGCAGCGGAGCAUUACACGAGGGGGAAGCGUCUGGAGAUCACGCGAGUAUCCGGGGCCCUACUUCCGAUGGAACGGUGCUACAUCAAUCUGGCGAUCAUAGAAUCUUUGGCGAAGGAUGGGAAGUCUCUCGAUCCGAUGGCCCAACGGCAAGCCGAACUUUCGCUGUUCGAGCAGCUCAAGCGGGCCCUACGUAAUGGCACGUCCAAUCGGCCCAAACGAGUCUUGAUCCGAGGGCGAGCUGGUGUUGGAAAGACCACCCUGUGCAAAAAGAUCAUGCACGAAUUUCACCACAACAACAUGUGGAAAAGUCAUUUCGAGCAUAUCUUCUGGGUUCCUCUACGAAGGCUCAAAGGCCAAGCGGAUUUGGAGGGAUACUUGAAACAGGAGUAUUUCCUGCUGGAUAACGACAAGGAGAUUCUAGUCCAGGCUCUGCUGAGAGUUGUGCUGGACCAAAGAAGAACCCUCCUCAUAUUGGACGGCCUUGACGAGAUUGUGGGGGAGAGAAGCGGAUUUGGAAAUGAGGUGACUCAGUUCUUCGGGGAGCUCUUUGAUCGUGAGAAUAUUAUUGUUACCUCAAGGCCGUAUGCUGCGGUUCCUGCCGGUGGGGAAGCAUUUGACCUGGAGUUGGAGACUAUCGGAUUUCGCCCCCAAGAAGUCAAGGAAUACAUCCGGAGUGUCGUUGACCCUGAGUCAAGUGAGAACAUCGAGCAAUUCAUCGAGCGAUAUCCAAUCAUACAAGGACUGGUUCAAAUUCCGAUCCAACUGGACGCACUUUGCUUUGGAUGGGAUACUAAAGAUGGCAAUCGAAAAGAAUUGUGGCGGAAGGACAUGCAACAGUUGCUCGGAAAGAGUCCCUACGAAGCCCGGCAAUAUCGUGAGUUGGGACAGAUCAAGAAGGAAUUGACUGCCGAAGUCGAGGCGAUCGAAACAUUGGCAUUCUACGGUCUUGUUGCAAAUAUUAUCGAAUUUCAACCUGGGCACCUAAAAGCUCUCUACACCCAGUUUCCGCAGCUGAAUGAUGGGCAUCUGAGCAAGAUGUCCUUUUUGCGAACUUCCGAUACAUCCUCUGAUGAUAUGAAAAACUAUCACUUCCUCCAUCUCACCUUCCAGGAAUUCUUCGCUGCGCAGUAUUUUGUCCGAUUUUGGAUCGAUGAGAAGGCAAUACCGUUGACUACCAUUUCUUCCAAUGGAGUCAUCAGAACUACAGAUAUCGUCCCAAAGCAAUUCCUCCGGCAGGAAAAGAACGCACCGCGGUAUAACAUCAUGUGGCGAUUUGUGGCUGGGCUGCUGUCUGUCACAAACAGAGGGAAGCUAUUGGAUUUCAUGAAUGCAUUGGAUGGUGAACCGCGUGACGUCUUCGGCCCUGCCCAUCUGCGGAUUCUUAUGCACUGCUUUAGUGAGGUGGGCUUAACGAAUGACGAUGAAGCACUGGGACACUUAGAAGCGAAUGUCGAAAGGCGGCUGCUGCGACUGUUCCUGACAGUUCCUAACUCGGCUUCCCGCUAUGCCUCGCUGGCAAAGGAGAGGGAAUUUCCGGAGCAUCUAAUCGAGGGAGCCUUUCGCAUCCGACCCUCCAAUUAUGAUAGUAUUUGGUUCUAUUAUGACUUUCUCUACAAGGUCCUUGCUCUUUUAAACAGCAGCGACAGCUUUGUUGUUGGUCGUGCGCUGCGAAGUAUGGACUCGUUGGAUGACUUGCCGGAGCAAAUUGUCAAAUCCUUGGUAACAAUAAUCAAACAUGGCACGGAAAAUCAUGCAGAAGUGGCAGUGGAUGUUCUCUCAAGCAUUGAGAUCCCUGCCAAUCCAGCUCGCAGUCUAGUAGUUGUUGCUAUUUCCAAGCGAUUCGAAUGGGUUUGGGCGUUGAAAAGCUCCCGAAUGAUCCCAGAGGAUGUUCUCAGGUUGUUACUUCCGCACGUGGAAUCAAACGUGUCCGGUCAACGAUACAACGUCAUCGCAAUUGUGCGCAAUCAAAUCAACCUCCCAACAACCAUCAUUGAAGACCUGCUUUCCUCAAUGGAAAGCGAGUCGGCACCGGAUUGGACAGCGAUUGAGGCAGAGCUCGUUUUGAGAGAUCGAGCCCAAUUCUAUUCAAUUUUACCAGGGCUCAGUCAGCGGGCCUGGCAAGCGUUCUUCGAAAUCUGGGCCGAGAGAAGCAUCCACCAAAACCUCAAUUUUUACGUUCUGGAUGAUGUGCUCUACAUCAAUAUGCCUGAGGGCUCUUGGCAAGUGAAGAUCGAUACUCCGGAAGGGAGGGAGAAGCUCGAGUGUGGGAUCAGGGCUGCUGAGCGAAGGCUCAGAAAGCUCGAGGUUGAGUCUUGUCCUCCAGAUUUGCUGGGUGACUAGGUAGGGCGAGCUCAUAGACUUG